AAAUAACCUCUUUUGCUGAAAAGCAAUGGCCAUGCAAUAAUUUUCCUCAUCUUCAGGGUUCUAAGGGUUUUCGUGGGAGUUUUUAGUUGAGGGUUUAGUUUCAGGACCUGGUUCUCGCAGACAAAAAGAAUUCAGGCCUAAAAGAGCAUAAGUGGUUUCGUUUAGUUUUCCUUGUAUUUCUGAAUUCAGCUAUUCCAGAGCUUUACAAAUGGACGAUGGAUCAAACAAUCCUAAAAAACCUAGAAAGUUUAUGCCAAAAGUGCGCCCAAAAAGGGUGUCCAAUCCUGCUGGAGUUAAAAGUGAAUCAAUUGAGACUCCGGAUGAGAAAUUAUCAAAUGAGUUGUUGAAGCUCAUUAAGCAACGACGAGAAGAUGGAGGGGGAUGGGGUAAAAAUGAAAAGAAAGCGGCACCUGUUCAAGUUGCAUUUGGAUAUGGAAAUGCAGCCAAUUUUUCAAGUUCAUCUAGUUAUUCCAAAGGUGGCAGUAGCAGUAAACCCAAAGAGAUAGGUCAUGCAUUUGAUGAUGGGAGCCAAUUAGUGGAUGUUAAGAGGGACGUUGACGAAAAGCGGGAAAAGGAAUAUGUCGAACCAUGGGAUUAUUAUUCGAAAUAUCCUGUAACCCUUCCUCUCAGGAGGCCGUACUCAGGGGACCCUGAAACUCUUGAUGAAAAGGAGUUUGGGGAGUCAGCUGCGAGUAAAUCAGUUUGCAAUGAGGAUUCUACAAAUGCUGCUGAAGAGCUUGGUCUAAAGGAAGAGAGAGAAGAGCGCCAGUUGGUAUUUUUCCAAUUGCCCGAAUCUUUACCUAUACCAAAGCGAUCAGCCACUGCAGAUGGCAAAGAGGUGCAAGAUGACUCAGGCCAAAAGAGAACUGGCAAAUCAGAGAUGCCCUCUCGUCUUGAGGACUUGCAAGCUGGUUUUAUGGGCAAACUGCUCAUUUAUGAGAGUGGUGCUGUUAAGUUGAAGAUUGGUGACACUCUUUUCAAUGUUUCUCCAGGCUCCAAGUGUGAGUUUGCCCAAGAAGUUGCAGCAAUCAAUACCAGAGACAGGCAGUACUGUGUCCUGGGCGAAAUUAACAAGCGGGCUAUCGUGACUCCUGAUAUUGAUGAUCUUUUGAAGAAGUUGCAGUGAUCUCCCUCUCAUGCACGUGCACUAGGUUUCAAUUUUCUCCCUGGAAUUGUGGAGAGGAACUAAAAUGUAAAUAUAGAAUGUAAAUAUAUUUGGGACGACAGAGGUAGCUGAUCAUUUACAUGGGCUUCUUAGGCUUCAAGUGAAAAGCUCCCUCUUUUAAUCUCUAUUCAUUUUGUUUGGGUUUUAUAAGAGGGAUAAUAUGCAUGAUCCUCAAUUGUCUGCCAUGGAAGAAAAUCCAAUGUUCAUGAGAAUGAUCACCAUCCAAUUGGUUAAGGUGAUGGAGUGAUUGGGUCUCAUCAGUUGCAGUUUGUGUCUUUAUUUGGGGGGUCCUCAUGCCAUCAACUGUCUUAACCAUUGAUUAAUAUAGCAGGCAUGUCUAGGAGUUUAUCCA